AUGUCAACAAGUAGAACUCCAAUUCCAUUUUCAAGGGAAUCUUUAGAACAGGUCUUGAAGAGAAGAUUCUUCUUCGCACCAGCAUUCGAAAUAUACGGCGGUGUUUCAGGGUUGUAUGACUAUGGUCCUCCAGGAUGUGCCUUACAAGCUAACAUUAUGGAUACGUGGAGAAAGCACUUCAUCUUAGAAGAAGAUAUGUUGGAAGUCGACUGUACGAUGUUGACUCCUCAUGAAGUUUUGAAGACUUCUGGACAUGUUGAUAAAUUCGCAGAUUGGAUGUGCAGAGAUUUAAAGACAGGUGAAAUUUUCAGAGCAGACCACUUGGUUGAAGAAGUCUUGGAAGCCAGAUUAAAGGGUGACAAAGCAGCAAGAGGUGUGGCUAUAAAUGAAGGUGAAGAAGAAGAUGCCGAUAAAAAGAAGAGAAAGAAGAAGGUUAAGGAAAUCAAGAGCAUCAAGUUAGAUGACGAGGUCGUCAAGGAAUACGAAAAUGUCUUGGCUCAAAUCGAUGGUUACUCUGGCUCGCAAUUAGGUGAAUUAAUGACCAAGUACAAGAUUAAUAACCCGGCUACUGAUGGCCCAUUAGAACUUCCAAUUGAAUUCAACUUGAUGUUCGAGACUGCCAUUGGUCCUUCUGGUCAAUUGAAGGGAUUUUUGAGACCAGAAACAGCUCAAGGUCAAUUUUUAAACUUCUCCAAGUUAUUAGACUGUAACAAUGAAAAGAUGCCAUUCGCCUCUGCUUCCAUUGGUAAGUCUUUCAGAAAUGAAAUUUCUCCUAGAGCAGGUUUGUUGAGAGUUCGUGAAUUCUUGAUGGCUGAAAUUGAACACUAUGUCGACCCUGACAACAAAUCCCACAGUAGGUUUGAUGAAAUCAAAGACUUAAAGUUGAAGUUUUUACCUAAGGGUGUUCAGGAAUCCGGUUCUAAUGAAUUAACUGAAAAAUCUCUUGGCGAAGCUGUUUCUUCUGGUAUGGUUGAUAAUGAAACCUUAGGUUAUUUCUUAGCCAGAAUUUACUCAUUCUUAAUUAAAAUCGGUGUUGAUCCUUCUAGAUUAAGGUUCAGACAACAUAUGUCAAAUGAAAUGGCCCAUUAUGCUGCUGAUUGUUGGGAUGCCGAAUUACACACUUCUUAUGGUUGGAUCGAAUGUGUCGGAUGUGCUGAUAGAUCUGCUUAUGAUUUGAGUGUUCAUUCUGCUAGAACUAAUGAAAAAUUAGUUGUAAGACAACCAUUACCUGAACCUGUCCUCGUUGAAAAAUAUGAGGUCAACAUUGCGAAAAAGAAGUUCGGUCCAAAAUUCAGAAAGGAUGCUGGAACUGUUGAAAACUGGUUAUUAGCAAGAACCCAAUGUGAAUUAGAAGAUUUAUGCAAGGAGUUGAAUGAAAAUAAUAAGAUUGUAUUCAAGAUUGACUCGAUUCCAAACAGCAUUGAGUUAGAUACUGAAUUCGUCAAGAUUGAGAAGGUAAAGAGAACUGAACAUAUUCGUGAAUUCACCCCUAAUGUUAUCGAACCAUCUUUCGGUAUCGGCCGUAUUCUUUACUCUAUUUUCGAACAUCAAUUCUGGGCAAGACCAGAAGAUAAGGACAGAACUGUCUUAUCUCUUCCACCUUUAGUUGCUCCAACUAAAGUCUUAUUAGUCCCAUUGUCAUCUAAUGCCGAAUUACAGCCUAUUGUUAAGAAGAUCUCCGCUUUCUUAAGAAAAGAACAAGUACCAUUCAAGGUUGAUGACUCCUCUGCUUCUAUUGGUAAGAGAUAUGCUAGAAAUGAUGAAUUAGGUACGCCAUUCGGUAUUACCAUUGAUUUUGAUUCCGUUAAGGAUGAAUCUGUUACUUUAAGAGAUAGAGAUUCUACUAAGCAAGUUAGAGGUUCUCUUGAAGACAUUGUCGAAGCUAUUAAAGAUAUUGCCUACAAUAAUGUUUCUUGGACUGAUGGUACUUCUAAGCUUACUCCAUUUGACUCUCAAUCAGAGGCCUAA